AUGAAUCGUUUCAGUCGCGAGUUAUCGGACAUCAACCGGAUGAUCCGUCAGGGCUGCGCGAGCAGGAAGAGGGCCUUCACCAUGGAGGGGGACGUCAUGAUGUCCUCAUCGUGCGACUCCCCCAGCAAGAGGGCGUGUCCAGAGAACGGCAGCAGUCCAGAUGUGCUGCUGAAGCGCCUGCAGGACGUCGUCAUACUACAGUCAGUCCAGCAGAACAGCAAAGACGGCCCGCCCAGAAUCUCACCACACCUCCUGCCCACUUUACUGCAGCACCAAGGUCACAGCCGUUCUAUAGUGGGCUUAGAGCAGAAGAAGAACGGGAAACUGUGCCUACUGCUCCUGGAUCCUGGUUCCUCUGUGUCAGACACCCGGAAGCUGCUGAGCAGGGACACUGUCUCCACAGCCGUCCGCCACGUCAGGAAGUUCUACGGCAGCCUGAAGCACAAACAGUACCAGGUGGUGGCAGUACAGGGCGUGUUGUCUGCUGAGGAGAAACAGAUUAGCAUCUUGGAUUCCAGGAUGUUACGUGCUGAAAGGAUCCCAUGAACAGAAAUGCACCUCUUUAUCUCCUCUGUUUGUUUUUACUGUGAACAUAUAUUUGAUGUUCCAUUUCAGACUUUUUAAUGUAGAUUUUUGCUAAUAAACUCGUUCUUUUUUU